CUCUUUUUAACUGUGUGUAAUUGAUACCGUCCCCGACGAAAAGACGCUUGGACUGUGAGUAUUUUGGGGGGCAUGAAAAUGAAAGUUACCCAAGGAGCCAGCCUUUGAGGAUGGACUCUAAAACACCUCCGGAUAAACAGCGCGGACACUGCUAGCUGACUGCAGCCUAAGAGGAUGCUACACUAUUGAAGUGCAGCUUAAAGCUGCAGAGGAUGGGUGGUGCUGGUGUUGGCAGUAAAGUUAGAGAGGUUGCAGAACUAGUUGUAUUAGUUGGUGAAGGCGUGCAGUGACACACAUUUGGCUAACAGAAGUGUAAAGCAGUUUACUUGGUGUUGAGUUGAGGCAGGAUCUGUUAAAGUAGCUGAUCAAAUAUAAUUGACUGAUGGAGUACAGUGAGAGAGUGCUGUGUGGGACAGGGGAGGCGGAGCUGGACCCCGAUAUUGUGAGUGAAGAGGCGGGAAAACUGUAUUCAGAACUUCAGACCGUUAUUGAGACCCAUGGAGAAAGCGUGGUGGAGUCAUUGGUACCCAUAUUCGUGUGGGUCCUGGAGGGGCUGGCCAGCUGCAAAGCUCAGCUGAGAAACAGGGAAGAGGAGGCGGAGAGGGAGAAAGCUGAACGAGAGGAGCUUCUGGAGAGGUACCAAGCGGAGAGAGCGCAGAGGAAAGAAAGCCAAGAGAGGUACCUGGAGCUGGAUGACCAAAUUGAACAGGAGAGGAGAGCCAUGAGGGUGAGGGACAAGGAGCGAGAACGACGAGAGAGAGAUCUAGAGAAGAAAGCAAGAGAACAAGCUGACCAGCUGGUGGCCUUGGAUGAGCAGAAAGCAAACCUUAGCAGAGAACUAAGCACACUGAGACAUACUCACAGCAAGUUGGCUCACACAUAUCAGGACCUUUUGGAACGGAGGAAGGAUGCUGAAAGAGAUUCUCCUUUAAGGAAUAACGUGCACACUAGGAAUGCUAACUUUCCAUCCCACCAAGCCUUGUCAGAAUCCACUGUUACUGAAAAGCUGGUUCAGAGGCCACAUUCAAACUCUGGCCCCCCCUGUUUGGAUGAUGUUGCAUCAAGAGAAGAAAAAGUGACUGACAUCGCUGCAAAGCCCAUUGUGGAUCAGUUUGUCAAUGACAUUAUAAGCUCCACUCCAGAGCUGGCUCAGUUUCACGGCUCUGCAAAUACAAGCACACCAGUCCGAUCUGUUGAAGAGGAUCUACUGAAAGAUGAAUCGGAAACCAGCUUGGAGGAUGAGAUGAGGGAGGUGGGGGGGCUCAACGUAGAAGAAAGAAAGGAAGGAGAGAUAAAGGACAAGGACGAGGAAGAAGAUGUGGAGGAAGAUGAUAGCAUGGAGCUGGAACUCCGCAAUACUGACUCUGUAUUUUCUGAACUGUCAGAGCUAAGUCGGGAUUACUUGGAGAGUGUAGACCGAGGGGCCAGUGUCAGAGGCAGUGUCGACCAGUUUGAGGAGAUGCAUUCUCAUUAUGAGGAACUGAAAGUCACUCAUGAAUUAGUUGAAGCUGCACGUAAAGCUCUGAUAUCUCGGGUAGGAGAGCUGACUGAUGAUCGCUCAGCUCUUCAGAUGGAAGUGGCCGCGCUUCAGGAAACAGUGUCACGAUUAGAGGGGCGGGUGAAAGAGAAGGAAGAGGAGACUAAAAGACUCCGGAAAGAACUGGAUGAAUGCCAAUCUGAGUAUCCUGAUGCCUCCCUGUCCACGGCCAAUCGUCCCUUCUCUCGUUCUGAAAUGGCUCGUGUGGUCAUGGAGAAGAACCAGUAUAAGCAGCGUCUGAUUGAGCUGCAGGAGGCAGUGAGACAUAGUCAGACACUCAGAGCAUCAAAGGAAGAGAGGUUUACAGAGGAGAAAAGGUCAAGUGUUUGGAGAAAAUUCAACCGCUUAUUCGGCCUGACCAAGGAACCCUUAGUCCCACCUCCUACUUCUACAUUACCUGUAAGAACUUCCCCAUCUCUCACUCGUCCUCCUCUGGCGUCUCCACAACUACCAGCUACCAGUCGAACUCAGGCUGAAUCUGCUUCUCCUGCUGCUCUUUCACCACGUGUCAGGAGGAGGGAAAUCUACAGAGAGAUUCGCUCCCAAAUUUGGGGAACUAUGGGAAAGCGGCAGAUACAUGGCUGGAGUGUGCCACUGGCAAACACACAGGACACCCAAGAACCUGUACCAGAGCCUAAAGAUGUGCCUGUUCUAGUGCAGCUCAGACUGUUGGAUCAAAGAGACUCCACUGCUAAGCUGAACUGUGCAGUUGCGGUAUCGCCUGAGAUCUCAGGAGAAGCCACAUGUUCUGUGUGGGUAGUUUCUGGCCCUGCCUCCUGCAGUGAUAUUACAGUGAUUGAUCCGGCACGGUCCAACACAGUACUGGAUCAGUUCAGCCUCCCUCCCACAGCCCCUGCCCUCUGCAUCUGUGCUGUGCCUCCCAUAGGUAACACUGCAGGAACUGUGUGGAUUGGAACUCAGGAAGGAAGUAUACUAGUGCACUCUGCCUCUGCUGGCAGGAGGCUCUGUCUGCAGUCUGUAUCUCUCUCUGAGGGUGUCCAUUCACUCAUGUAUUCCCAGAGUCAGGUCAUAGCUGGUUUAGCCGAUGGCACAUUAGCAUUUUUCUCACACAGUUCAGGUGGCUGGAAUCUGCAGUCACACUCUGUGAUGCCUCUUGGAUCAACCCCUCUGCAGCCCAUUCGCUGCUGCCUUCCAAAAGGUGGCCGCUUGUGGGUGGGAUACUGGAACAAAAUCCAUGUGGUCGACACGGACAGCAAGAAGGUGGAGCAAGUAUUCUCAGUGUCUGAGCGCAGUGAACAGCAGGUUCGUUUCCUGUGUGCUGGUGGAAGUGGUGUCUGGACGUCCUGCCGACUUGAUCCAAUCCUCAGGCUGUUUGAUUGGUCCACAGGACGACCACUACAGGAAGUGGACUUUAGUGCUUUGAUCACUAAAACUUUAGGCCAACCCUUCCUGACACUCUCACCUCUCCAAAUCUCCUCUCUCACCAUCAUCUCUGGUCGUCUCUGGGUGGGCACGGGAGGUGGUGCCAUUUUCUCCAUUCCCUUGUCAAUAACUUCAGAGGAUAUUUCAAUCCCAUAUUGCUCCACUGCUUCAGCCCAGCUGUGCUACCAUGGUCACAAACAAGCUGUGAGAUUCAUUAUUGCUGCUCAUGGUUGUUUGAUCACCUCUCCUGGCAGCAGUCAUGUCACUACCACUCAGCUCAUCCUCAGCGGUGGAGAGGGUUACAUCAAUUUCCGAAUCGGCGAUGAUGCAAGCGACGACUCGAACGAGGUGUCCCAAGCCACACCACAACGAUCCGAACGCAGUCAUAUGAUCAUCUGGCAGAAUCCGGCGCCCUCGGUGCCCAGCCCUUCACUCUGACGUUGCUGAACAUAUACUGUACAGGAGCGAAGAACAAGGCAGCACUGCCAAUUGUGCUUUCCAUCCAACUGAAUGAACUGGCACCUCAAUGUGGCAGGAAUAAACAUAUCCUCCAAAACUCUAUGAUUUAUACUAUUUCACAAUGUUUACCUCAACGGUUUUGUACAUGUCGAUUUUGAGAUCCUAAUGGAUUAUGAUACCUUCCGUGUGCCUUCAUCUGAUUUUAGUGCUGCAUAAUUGGUCAGUAAUUCAGUUCCCUGAAUUGUUUUGCCUUUGCAGUGCAGCACAAUGACUUUCACUGACAUACAGCUGUUUAAUACAUCUAAUACAACAAUUGUUUGUUGAAAAAAGAACACAUACACCUUCUGAGCAUAGUUACAUUUAAUAAUGUAGCAACUCUGGGAGCUGCUGUGAACAUACUUUGUUGUUAACUGUGAACUGGAACAGGUUAUGUACUUCGUUCAGCAUAAAGACAAUCAGACACUGUAUUAUCUCCUGAUGUUGCAUUGAGGUGGUGAACUUUGUUUGUGAUGUGUGUUUUGUGGAAUUUCUACUAUGAGUAUUAACUCCAGUUCUACCCCUCCACAUUGCAAGUGCCCUUAUCACAGGAACCUGCACAUUAUAAAUGUGUCUGUGGUAAAUAUGUGUGGGAUCACCUCUCCCCUCUAAUGUACAUUUUCAGGUACUGUCCGUAAAACAAUAUUUAUUUUCUCAAUCAGUGGUUUGCUUGAUGCGUUUGGAUCUUAAUGCGUUUUAUGUUUUAGUUUGAUUUCUGUGUCUUUUGUAAAAUAAGGGAGGUAAAAAUUCUUUCAUGUGCCCAGAUGUAAGUAUGGGUUCAGACUCCAUCUCGUGCAACCGCGAUUACUGUCAUUAAAAUGUGUUCAGUUGUAA